AUGGCUCCUCCCCAACCGCAGCGGCGCGCUGCCUCUUCGUCCUCGUCUUCCUCCAGCGGCAGCAAAGACGGGGCGCCCAAGGCGCGCCUCGAGCCGCGGCCCAGCUCCUCUGUCGUCCUCCUGUCACCCACCAAUGAGGUCCUGCUGCUGCACCGCGUACAGUCCUCGUCGACGUUCGCGUCGGCGCACGUCUUCCCCGGCGGCAACCUCGACGACUUCCAUGACGGCGAUGUUCCCGCCGUUGGCGACCCGGCGCGCCACCGCGAUGGCCCCGCGUACAGGCUCGGCGCUGUGAGGGAGUGCUUCGAGGAGACGGGCAUCCUGCUGGCCAAGAAGGACGGCGCGCUCAUCGAGCUGCCCCCUGCGCAGCGCGACGAGAUGCGCAAAAAGGUCCACGCCAAUGAGGUCAACUUUGUCGAGUGGGUGAGGUCGCUUGGCGGAGAGCCCGACACGGCCGGCCUCGUGCCCUUUACGAGAUGGAUCACGCCCGUCGGCGGCCCGCCCAAGCGCUUCACCACGCAAAUGUACGUCUACAUGCUGCCGAUAUCGCGCACCAAGGUCCCCUCCGAGAUGUUCAUCCCCACGGCCGACGGCGGGGUCGAGCACACGGCCGCGCAGUUCGCCCCCGCGACAACCUGGCUGGAGCGCGCGCGCCAAGGCUCCAUCAUCGUCUUCCCGCCGCAGUACUUCCUGCUGCACAUGCUGAGCCGCUUCCUCACGGGGGGCACGGCGUCGCUCGAGGAGGGGCCCCUACACUUCACCGCGCAGCGCAAGAAGCUGCGCGCUUUCCUGCGGCGCGUGCCCACGGCGGACACGGAGAAGGGGCGCGCGCACCCGACGGCCGCCAUCGCCUGGGCUGACAAGGUCAUGUGCCCGUACCACUUCAAGAUCACGACGCCGGACGGGCGUGUUGUGCUGGGGUUGGAUAAGCCUGGGCCGGAGCUGGAGGGCGAGGAGGAUAGGGGCGGGGACUGGGAGAGAGUCAUGCUGGUCAAGUUUGGGACUGGCGGCGCGAGGGAGGUGGAGGUGAGGCUGAGGGAGGAUGUGCUCAAGGCUGCGGCGGAAGAGGAGGAGGGCCAGCAGCGCUCGAGGCUGUAA